GGCCCGCGUCGCCUCGGGGUGGCUCGCCGCGGGCCGCUACCACUCCGUCGCCCUGGGCGCGGAGGGCCGCGCCGUCGCGUUCGGGCUGAACGCGACGGGGGAGGCGUCCAUGCCUGCCUGCUCGGGGUUCGUGGCGGCCGCGGCUGGCGCCCAGCACACGGUGCUGCUCCAGGGGAGCGGGGGCGCCUGUGCUCUGGGGCAGAACUUCUGCGGGCAGUGCGACGUCCCUGCGCUGCCCCGCGGCGAGCGGUACGUCGCCGUGGCGGCCGGGCACUUCCACACCGCUCUGCUCAGGAGCGACGGCCAGGUCGUGGCGUUUGGGAGCAACGAGCACCACCAGUGCGACCUGCCCGCCCUGCCAUUCGGCUCCCGCUGCCUGGCCCUCGCCGCCGGCGGCCGCCACACGCUGCUCCUGUGCGGCCGCGGGGGCGUGCACAGCGCCGGCGCCAGCGACCGUGGCCAGCGCGAGGUGCCGCGGCUGCCGGCCGGCGUCCGCGUCGUGGCCGUCGCUGCCGGGGAGGAGCACAGCGUCUUCCUGCGCAGCGACGGGCGCGCCUCCGCCGCGGGCUCUCCGGCGGACGGCCGGUGCGUCGUGCCGGGCCUCCCGCUGGGGCUGCGCUACGUGGCCGCCGCAGCCGGCAGGUGCCACACCGUCCUGCUGAGGAGCUGCGGCCAGGCCGUGGCCUUCGGCGGCAACUCCCACGGCCAGUGCGACGUGCCGGCGCUGCCGCAGGGCCUGCGCUACGUGGCCGUGGCAGCGGGCCACGACCACACGAUCCUGCUGCGCAGCGACGGGCGUCUGGUGGCCUGCGGGGCUGGUAGCGAGGGCCAGUGCCGGGUGCCCUCGUUGCCUCCCGCGAGCUUUCGAUUUGACGCCCUGGAUGCGUACGAGAAGGACGCGGCGGCGGAUUCGAGGCACCAAAGCCACGGCGCCGCAGCAACCACCGACGGGCACCCCGUGGAAGCCGAAGGCCGCGCGGUUGACCGAUUUGCAGGCAGCGACGGCGGCUGUGGCGCAGCCACCGCUGGGGGUCUCCCCGCAGAUGUCGACGCCCGCGCUUGCAGACCACAUGUGAAUAUCGACGACGGCAGUGCUGCAGCCGCUACUGGUGACCUUCCUGAGGACACAGGUGGCCUCGCCUUCGAGCCCGUGAUAGACGACAGCGACGACGAUGAUUGUCCCGCAGCCGCACCUGUUGACCUGCCGGAGGAUACAGGCGGCCUCGCUUUCCAGCCCGUGAUAGACGACAGCGGCGACGAUGACUGUGCCACUGGUGGCCUUCCUGAGGACCCAAGUGGCCUCGCCUUCCAGCCCGUGAUAGAUGAUAGCGACGAUGAUGACUGUGCCGGAGCCGCCGCUGGUGGCCUUCCUGAGGACACCGGUGGCCUCGCUGUCAGCCCAGUGGUAGACGAUGGCGACGGUGACGCCACCGCAGGCACCGACGGCCCUGCCUUCGGCCGAGUUGUUGGUGGCGAUGACGCCUACGCUGCAGCCGCCAGAGGUGAAAUCGCUGCGGAUUCUGAGGACCUCGCUUUCAACCCCGUCAUAGAUAGCGACGAUGAUGUGGUGGCCAUGCCAUGA